GCUGCCCUGUAUAUCUUCUACUUGCUGGAAUAUUCGUUGUAGUUCAGGCAUGGAGGAGCGGAAACCUCUCGGUUCAGGCCGUGGAGCGGAGCGGAGCGACUCGGUUUGGGGGGACUUUGGAGACUUUACGCAUGCUCCUCGUCAGCUGCGGGCGGGGAGACUUUAAAGUUGGACGCUUUUCAUUUACAGUAGUGACGGAGGUGAAAUGAUAUUCUGUAGUGAACUCUUGGUAUUUUUGGAACAUCUGAAGUGGUCUCACAACAGAUAACCAAGAAGAGGACAAAGUCACUGUGACGCGACCAUUCCCACUGUAACAAAUGGCAGAUGGAUAUGAGCAGGCCAGCGCAUCAGAGUUUAUUAAGGACCGCCUGUACUUUGCCACUCUGCGGGUCAAACCUAAGAAUACAGCCAACACACACUUCUUCAGCACGGAUGAGGAGCUCAUAUAUGAAAGUUUCUAUGCAGACUUUGGGCCCCUCAACCUGGCCAUGCUGUACAGAUACUGCUGGAAACUCAACAAGAAGCUGAAGUCUUUCACAAUGUCUAGAAAGAGCCUGGUUCACUACACCAGCUACGACCAGAAGAAGAGAGCCAAUGCUGCUGUUCUGAUUGGUGCCUAUGCUGUGAUGUAUCUGAAGAGAAGCCCAGAAGAUGCCUACAGGACUCUGAUAGCAGGAAACAGCACAGGCUACAUGCCGUUUAGAGACGCAGCGGUUGGAGAGUGCUCUUUUAACCUCACCGUGCUGAACUGCUUACAAGGAAUCAACAAGGCAUUACAACAUGGUUUCCUGGAUUUUGAAAGGUUCAGUGCAGAAGAAUAUGAACAUUAUGAGCGAGUUGAAAAUGGAGAUAUGAACUGGAUCGUUCCGGGCAAAGUUCUGGCGUUCAGUAGCCCUCAUUCUCGUGCUGUUGUUGACUCUGUCUCCAGGUUAUCCCUCCACACACCCGAGGCAUACUUCUCAUACUUUUGCCAAAAUGACAUAACGACCGUGGUUCGUCUGAACAGGACGUUGUAUGAUGGCAGGCGGUUUGAGGAUGCAGGAUUUGAGCACCACGACCUCUUCUUCCUUGAUGCCACGCCCUCUGACCUCAUCGUCAGACGCUUUCUGCAUGUGUGUGAAAGUACAGACGGGGCAGUGGCGGUGCACUGUAAAGCUGGAUUAGGCCGCACGGGCACUCUGAUUGGCUGCUACCUGAUGAAGCACUUCCGGUUUACUGCAGCCGAGGCGAUUGCUUGGAUCAGAGUCUGCAGACCUGGAUCUAUCAUCGGUCCACAGCAAAACUUCUUAGAAGAGAAGCAGCACAGUUUGUGGGUUCAGGGUGACGUGCAUCGGUCUAAACAGAAGCUGGUCCAACAGAGACUGAGUCGGCAGCAGCAGCUGCAGCAGCAGCUGCACCGCUCUGACUCUGUGCAGGGAGGCAAACAGGAGGCAGUGUCCUCGCUGCUUUCCAGCAUGGAUGACCUGUCAAUCAACACCGUGCUCUGCAAGUCAUAUAGCUUGGAUGAGAAUAACUGCAAAGAAGUCAGUCUGACACAGGGAGACGAACUGAGAGCACUGAAGGGAAAACGCCCACCGAGAUCAGCGUCAUCCUGCUCAAGGUUAAACCUGUCCAAGACUUCACACCGCUCCAUCCUCCCUCCCCCGAAG